CCCUGUUUCUGCUCUGUUUUACUCUGUUUUGCUUUGUUUUGUUCUGUUUUUCUGAAAUGGAUCGGUUUUCGUCGACGACUCUGUUUCCUGAUACACUAGCUGGUACAAGAGAUGAUUUAACAGAGCAAUGGACGAUAAUUUGGGAACAGAUUAAAGCUCCAUUGAUUGUUCCACUUCUCAGAAUCGCGGUGUUUUUGUGUCUGUUAAUGUCGAUUUUGCUCUUCAUUGAGAGAGUUUAUAUGGGGAUUGUGAUUACGCUAGUGAAAAUUUUCGGUCGAAAACCAGAUAAACGUUAUAAAUGGGAAUCUUUAAAAGAUGAUGUUGAGAUUGGAAAUUCAUGUUAUCCUAUGGUUCUUGUUCAAAUUCCAAUGUAUAAUGAAAAAGAGGUUUAUCAGCUUUCAAUUGGUGCUGCAUGUGGACUUUCAUGGCCUUCUGAUCGUAUUAUAAUCCAAGUUCUUGAUGAUUCAACUGAUCCUAUUAUCAAGAAUUUGGUGUCAAUGGAGUGCCAGAGAUGGGCAAGCAAAGGGAUAGAUAUAAAAUAUGAAAUAAGAGACAACAGAAAUGGGUACAAAGCAGGAGCAUUGAAGGAAGGAUUGAAACAUCCAUAUGUAAAACAAUGUGAUUAUGUUGCUAUAUUUGAUGCUGAUUUUCAACCUGAGCCUGAUUUUCUCUGGCGUACCAUUCCAUUUCUAGUCCACAAUCCUCAACUCGGACUUGUUCAGGCUCGUUGGAAAUUCGUGAAUGCUGAUGAAUGCUUGAUGACAAGGAUGCAAGAAAUGUCCUUGGAUUAUCAUUUCACAGUGGAGCAAGAAGUGGGCUCUUCCACCUAUGCUUUUUUUGGCUUUAAUGGGACAGCCGGUGUUUGGAGAAUUGCCGCAUUAGAGGAGGCUGGAGGUUGGAAGGAUAGGACAACAGUCGAGGAUAUGGACCUGGCUGUCCGCGCUAGUCUCAAGGGCUGGAAAUUCUUGUACCUUUCCGCUCUUAAGGUGAAAAAUGAAUUACCAAGUACAUUCAAGGCGUAUCGCUAUCAACAACAUCGUUGGUCCUGUGGCCCGGCCAAUCUUUUCAGGAAAAUGUUUAUGGAGAUCAUAAGAAACAAGAAAGUAUCGUUGUGGAAGAAGAUUCAUGUGAUCUACAGCUUUUUCUUUGUAAGAAAAGUUGUAGCCCACAUUGUGACAUUUGUGUUCUACUGUGUUGUACUACCUGCAACUGUAUUAGUACCUGAAGUUGAAGUUCCGAAAUGGGGAGCUGUUUACAUUCCUUCCAUUAUUACAAUACUCAACGCAGUUGGAACUCCACGGUCGUUCCAUCUGAUAAUAUUUUGGAUCCUUUUCGAGAAUGUCAUGUCACUACAUCGAACAAAGGCUACGUUCAUUGGAUUGUUAGAGGCAGGAAGAGUCAACGAAUGGAUUGUCACAGAGAAACUAGGGGAUGUUCUCAAGAUGAAAUCAGCCAGCAAAGCAGUUAAGAAACCUCGAUUUAGGUUCGGUGACAGACUUCUUUUGUUAGAGCUAGCUACUGGUGCUUACCUCUUCUUUUGUGGAUGUUAUGACGUCGCCUUUGGGAAAAAUCACUAUUUCUUGUACCUCUUCAUUCAAGCGUUCGCCUUCUUCAUCAUCGGAUUUGGUCAUAUUGGUACUUUUGUUCCCAACUCUUAAGGACACUACUCGUGUAAGCAACGCUGAAGCAGUAAUAUUUUCAGCUUCCUUUUUUUUCACACGUAAAGAGAAAUCGAGUUGUUCAUUCUUUUUGGUUCUAGCAUAAAGUAUUCGAGUUGAUAACUCGAAUCUGUUUUGUUCUAUUUAUGUAUAUUCCAAUGAAUAUGUUUGAAGGUUAAACAGUACAAGAAAGAAAAUUGUAUUGUGAAAAUGUGUAUACAGAAGACAGGCAAGAAAAUGAAGGAUA